AUGAUGAAUAGUCACUUGUAUAAUCUCAUUCUCUUCAUUCUCACUCUUUUCCUUCAUUCAAUAUUUGCUCAUUUCCCUCCAAAUUGCAGCAUUGUUAUACAAGAGAAUCUCGCUCGUGGCCACCUUAUCACUCUACCCUAUAUCUCCUCUCUCCUUGGCAACAUUGACCAGUUUACUCUUCAGGUGGCCAAUACAAACCCAUAUUUUGGAAUCAUUGCUGACUCUCCAGGGGUGCAUUUAACCUCAAGUCAGCAACAUCAAAACCACCUUCGAAUUUGGUUUCCAAAAGAACCGUCUACUCUUUCAUCGCCAUGGUACCUAGUGACCCUUCAACAAAUUGACAGAGAGCGGUUAUGCCAGACGGAACCUGGAUGUGAUUGUCACACUGGAAACAGUCAUCCAAAUCGACUGGGUUCCGGUCCUGACUGUUCUAUUCCUCUUCGAAUUGUAGCCAUUCCAUCUAAGAAAAUUGGUCUUCCUUCUGUAAUUGAUUUACCCAUCUGUAUAGCCGAUGAAAAUGACAACCCACCUACUUUCCGGUCACCAUCUUCUGCUCCACAUUUUGGGUCCACUCCGACAAUAAAUGUGCAUUUCAAAGAAGACGCUCAAGUUGGAGAAUUGGCAAAACUCCCACCUGGUAAUGAUGCUGACGCUUAUCCUGAGCACACAAUUAAUUCGUACACUCUCUCCUGUCCUGAAACAGACGUACCAUUCAGUCUGGUCUAUGACAUAAACACUCCAGAGAGACUUGAUCUUCGUGUUGAUAAACAACUCAAAUUCGAUGGUCAGUGGCCUCUCCAUUGUACUGUGAAUGCCUUUGAUGGACAACAUUCUGGAAGUCUUCAAAUGAAGAUUCAUUUGGAUGAUGUGAACAAUCAUCAACCCGUUUGGAAGCAGCCAAAUAUUCUCAAUUCUGCUAUAAUUCUUGUCAAUGAGACUGUAGAUACAUGGAUUAUUGAAAUUCCAGAAUCGGUGCCACCUUUCACGGUUCUGCUACAAUUGAAAGCGAUUGACGAAGACCCCGUUUAUGGGAAACUCACCUAUUCCAUUGAUGGAGAAAAGAAAACCGGACUUUUGUUCGAUGUGGACUCAAGAACUGGAGAAGUGUGUCUUGUAGCAAAGCAGGAUUAUGAAAUGUCAGUUAAGAAAGAAACUACUAUUCCAAUACUAGUCACGGACAAUGGAGGUUUGUCAACACCAGGAAAACUAAUUUUCCAUCUUAAAGAUGUAAAUGAUAACCGUCCGCUAAUUCGCUUUUCUGGCGGCGAAAAGCAAGCUGAAGUUGUUGAAAACAGUCAGUCUGACGUCUACAUUGAUUAUGUGACUGUUACUGAUACUGACUCAGGUUCUUACGGGAAAAUAGAAUGCAUUUUAAAACCAGGCAUGAUUUCUGAUCAUUUUCAAUUAACCCGAAUCGGAGAUAAUCUCUGGGCAUUUCUGGCUGUGAAACCAAUCGACCGGGAAGCACUAGUUACAACAACUUCUGCAACAGCCGUUGCGUCUGCCAAUAAUAAUCGAUAUUAUUCCCGUGGAACUAGAGUGGGAAUAACCGUGAUCUGUAACGACAACCCAGGAGCAAUCAAAGAGCACCAACUUUCUGCAGAAGCUACUGUUCAAGUAACCAUCGUGGACGAGAACGAUAAUCCACCACACUUUGUAAGUCUAGGAGGUACAAACGGAGAUUCGGAAUCGGUUAUUGAUGUAUCUAUUUCAGAGGGUCUUCCUCCUGGAACUCCGGUUGUUCGGAUCACAGCUGAAGAUCCAGAUAUUGGUGAUACCCUUACUUAUGCUCUUCAUUCUCAUGGUAACAAGAAAUUGGCCAUUGAUCCGAUUUCUGGUCUGAUCACAACUCAGAGCGUAUUCGAUAGGGAAGAGGAAGCAGUUCUAACGGGAUUUAAGGUGUUUGUCUUCGACGGAGGCCCUGUUAAUCAUUCCAUAUCUGCUGAUCUUCGAGUAAUUAUCUUGGAUCAAAAUGACAAUAGUCCUGUCUUUCACUCUCAAACUGUUCUAAUAGUUCCAGAAGACAAACCAGUUGAUAGUCUUCUUCAUACCAUCAACGCCACAGACGCAGAUGUUGGCGAAAACGGUACAGUAACCCUAUUUUUUGCUCAAAACCAAAAUUCUCCAAAUCCAUUUACUCUCUUCCCCGAUGGGAGACUAUUUCUAACAAGGCCAUUGGAUAGGGAACGCCGAGAACAUUAUGAACUUUCCAUUAUCGCUGCAGACAAGGGAUCACCAGCACUUAGUUCGACCUUGGCAUUUGUGGUGCAAGUUGAGGAUGUGAAUGAUUCCCCACCCCGUUUUGAACUAGCUGUUGGAAGUUCACUUAAAACGGUGCCCUGUACACAGUCUUACGUUGCUCUAGACAUGACAGCUACCGAUGCAGACAGUCUACCGGAAAACACGGUAAUUAAUUAUAAGAUUUUAAAUGUGAAAGGACCGUUUGGUGACUCUAGUAACCAAAGGACUGACUCGGAUAAAGGCGUUUCACUCUUUUACAUUCAACCUGAUACUGGAGCACUGUUUCUUCACUCCCAGAAUGGCGAGAUUCAGGCAAAUUUCGAUCCUUGUGAUCACACGGGUGUCUAUAGGCUAAAAAUCACGGCCUUCGAUCCAAAUAGACCUGAGUUAAAUAGUAACGCCACUGUUACACUGCAUAUCAUCCGACCUCACGUAGUUGACGAUAUUCCAAAACUGGAAACAGUCAUUCCUGAAUCGAGCAACAAUUCCAUGGGUCCCCCAAACUUCUCCUCUGAGAAUCCUCCUACCGCUAAUAGAUAUGCUGAGUUGGGAGGUUCAGAUCGAUCAGGAAGUGAGAAUCAACAUUCACUUGGAGCCGAGGACGAUUCAUUACCCAGUCGGCCAAACCGGAUGACAUUUCUCGGAAUCCUUUUAAUCGUGACCGUAUUUAUCGGGCUCAGUCUUCUUCUGAUUCUCCUCAUCUACUUCAUCAAGAAACGCUUCUCAGCGGAGGACAGUGUCAAUGGUGGAGAAGUGCAUACCAUCUCGACAAAUCAAUAUCUUCCCGGGAUGACCUUGAAAAAGGAGGACUUUUUGACGGAUACAUAUUCACAACCUGGUAUGAUGUACGGAACUGCGAGGAAUAAUCGAAAUGCGGAACCAAUCGAAAAGGUGCAGAGAGCCGACAUUGAAAAUAGUUGUGCUCUAAAGAAAAUCCUUCUUGCAAAAUCAAAUGCCAAUCAGUUCUAUUUCCUAGUUUUGGAUUUUCUUGAGGAAUAG